AUGGAGCCCUCCUCACCCCAGGAUGAGAACCAGAAGAAGAAGCAACCUAAGAAGCCAGUUCCUGAGAUCCUGCCCCGACCACCCCGGGCCCUGUUCUGCCUCACCCUUCAGAACCCCUUGAGGAAGGCCUGCAUCAGCAUUGUAGAAUGGAAACCUUUUGAGACAAUCAUCUUACUCACCAUCUUUGCCAAUUGUGUGGCUCUGGCAGUGUAUUUACCCAUGCCUGAGGAUGACAACAACUCCCUCAACCUUGGCCUGGAGAAGUUGGAGUAUUUCUUCCUCAUCGUCUUUUCAAUUGAGGCUGCCAUGAAGAUCAUUGCUUAUGGCUUCCUUUUCCAUCAAGAUGCCUACCUGCGCAGUGGCUGGAAUGUGCUAGACUUCAUCAUCGUCUUCCUUGGGGUUUCCACUGUGAUUCUGGAAGAGAUCAACUUGAUCCAAAGCAAUUCGACCCCAAUGAGCAGCAAAGGAGCCGGUUUGGAUGUUAAGGCCCUGAGAGCCUUCCGUGUCCUCAGACCCCUCCGGCUGGUGUCAGGGGUUCCGAGCCUGCAGGUUGUUCUCAAUUCCAUCAUCAAGGCCAUGAUCCCUCUGUUCCACAUCGCCCUCCUGGUCCUCUUCAUGGUCAUCAUCUACGCCAUCAUAGGACUGGAGCUCUUCAAGGGAAAAAUGCACAAGACCUGCUACUUCAUUGGGACAGACAUUGUGGCCACAGUAGAGAUGGAGAAGCCAUCCCCUUGUGCUAGGACAGGCUCCGGACGCCCAUGUACCAUCAAUGGCAGCGAAUGCCGAGGUGGCUGGCCAGGUCCCAAUAACGGCAUCACCCAUUUCGAUAACUUUGGCUUUGCCAUGCUCACUGUGUACCAGUGCAUCACCAUGGAAGGCUGGACCGAUGUCCUCUACUGGGUCAAUGAUGCCAUUGGAAAUGAGUGGCCCUGGAUUUAUUUUGUCAGCCUCAUUCUUCUGGGAUCCUUCUUCAUCCUCAACCUAGUUCUGGGUGUCCUGAGUGGUGAGUUCACCAAAGAAAGGGAAAAGGCCAAGUCUCGGGGGACCUUUCAGAAGCUUAGGGAAAAGCAGCAACUGGAGGAAGACCUGAAGGGUUAUAUGAACUGGAUCACCCAAGCAGAAGUCAUGGAUAUCGAUGACAUAAGAGAAAGGAAGCUGUCAUCAGAUGAAGGGGGAUCAGACACAGAGAGUCUCUAUGAAAUUGAAGGCUUGAACAAAUUUAUCCAAUUUAUCCGGCACUGGAGACAGUGGAAUCGCAUAUUCCGCCGGAAAUGUCAAGAGAUUGUGAAAUCCAAGCUCUUUUAUUGGCUGGUGAUCCUGAUUGUGGCCCUCAAUACGCUGUCCAUUGCCUCAGAACACCACCUCCAGCCCCUAUGGUUGACGCAUUUGCAAGACGUGGCCAAUCGCGUGCUGCUGACUCUCUUCACCAUCGAGAUGCUGAUGAAGAUGUAUGGGCUGGGGCUCCGGCAGUACUUCAUGUCCGUUUUCAAUCGCUUCGACUGCUUUGUGGUGUGCAGCGGGCUCAUCGAGAUCAUGCUGGUGGAGUCCGGGGUCAUGACGCCCCUCGGCAUCUCUGUCCUCCGAUGUAUCCGCCUUCUGAGGAUCUUUAAGAUCACCAAGUACUGGACAUCUCUGAGCAACCUGGUGGCUUCUCUGCUCAAUUCUGUCCGCUCCAUCGCCUCCCUGCUCCUCCUGCUCUUCCUCUUCAUCAUCAUCUUCGCCCUCUUGGGCAUGCAGCUCUUUGGGGGCAAGUAUGACUUUGAUGACACAGAGGUGAGACGCAGCACCUUCGAUACCUUCCCCCAGGCCCUCAUCAGCGUCUUCCAGAUCCUGACGGGUGAGGACUGGAACUCCAUCAUGUACAAUGGCAUCAUGGCGUACGGGGGACCCUCUUAUCCAGGUGUGCUGGUCUGCAUCUAUUUCAUUAUCCUCUUCAUCUGCGGCAACUAUAUCCUGCUCAACGUCUUCUUGGCCAUUGCUGUGGACAACCUGGCUGAGGCUGAGAGCUUAACUUCAGCCCAGAAAGCCAAGGCCGAAGAGAAGAAACGCAGGAAGAUGUCCAAGGGUCUCCCAGACAAGUCUGAGGAAGAGAAGUUGAUUCUGGCCAAGAAGUUAGAACAGAAAGCCAAGGGAGAAGGCAUCCCCACCACAGCCAAGCUGAAAGUAGAUGAGUUUGAAUCCAAUGUCAAUGAAGUGAAGGAUCCAUACCCUUCAGCCGAUUUUCCAGGAGAUGAUGAGGAAGAGGAGCCAGAGAUCCCACUGAGCCCUCGGCCUCGCCCCUUGGCAGAGCUACAGCUGAAAGAAAAAGCAGUGCCUAUGCCCGAAGCCAGCUCGUUCUUCAUCUUCAGCCCUACCAAUAAGAUCAGGGUACUGUGUCACCGGAUUGUCAACGCCACCUGGUUCACCAACUUCAUCCUGCUCUUCAUUCUGCUCAGCAGUAUCUCCCUGGCAGCGGAGGAUCCCAUCCAGGCAGAAUCCUUUAGGAACAAGAUCCUUGGCUAUUUUGACAUCGCCUUCACUUCCGUCUUCACUGUUGAAAUUGUACUCAAGAUGACGGCUUACGGUGCCUUCCUCCACAAGGGCUCCUUCCUACGCAACUACUUCAACAUCCUGGACCUGCUGGUCGUGGCCGUGUCCCUCAUCUCCAUGGGCAUUGAAUCCAGUACCAUCUCUGUGGUGAAGAUUCUCAGGGUGCUGAGGGUGCUCCGACCCCUCCGAGCCAUCAACAGGGCCAAAGGGUUGAAGCACGUGGUUCAGUGUGUGUUUGUGGCCAUCCGGACCAUUGGCAACAUCGUUUUGGUCACCACCCUCCUGCAGUUCAUGUUUGCCUGCAUCGGAGUCCAGCUCUUCAAGGGGAAGUUCUACAGCUGUAAUGACUUAUCUAAGAUGACCGAAGCUGAGUGCAAGGGCUAUUACUAUGUGUACAAAGAUGGGGACCCUAACCAGAUGCAAGUAUACCCCAGACAGUGGCUGCACAAUGACUUCAACUUUGACAACGUGCUGUCUGCCAUGUUGGCUCUCUUCACCGUCUCUACCUUCGAGGGAUGGCCCCAGCUUCUCUACAAAGCUAUUGACACACAUACCGAGGACAUGGGCCCUAUCUACAACAACCAUGUGGAGAUGGCCAUCUUCUUCAUCAUCUACAUCAUCCUCAUUGCCUUCUUCAUGAUGAACAUCUUUGUGGGCUUUAUCAUAGUCACCUUCCAGGAGCAGGGUGAGACCGAAUACAAGAAUUGUGAGCUUGACAAGAACCAGCGCCAGUGUGUGCAGUAUGCCCUGAAAGCCCGACCACUGAGAUGCUACAUCCCCAAGAACCCUUAUCAGUACAAGGUGUGGUACAUCGUCACAUCCUCCUACUUUGAGUACCUGAUGUUCGCCCUUAUCAUGCUCAACACCAUCUGCCUGGGCAUGCAGCAUUACAACCAGUCAGAGGAAAUGAACCACAUUUCGGAUAUCCUCAAUGUGGCCUUCACAAUCAUCUUUACCUUGGAGAUGAUCCUCAAGCUCAUGGCUUUCAAGGCCAAGGGCUACUUUGGGGACCCCUGGAAUGUGUUUGACUUCUUGAUUGUCAUCGGCAGCAUCAUCGACGUCAUCCUUAGUGAGAUCGAUACUUUCCUGGCUUCCAGCGGGGGACUGUACUGCCUGGGAGGAGGCUGCGCCAACACUGACCCUGAUGAGAGCGCCCGCAUUUCCAGCGCCUUUUUCCGCUUGUUCCGGGUCAUGAGGCUGAUAAAGCUAUUGAGCCGGGGUGAAGGUGUCCGAACGCUCCUCUGGACCUUCAUCAAGUCUUUCCAGGCUUUGCCGUAUGUGGCGCUAUUGAUUGUCAUGCUCUUUUUCAUCUAUGCAGUCAUCGGGAUGCAGAUGUUUGGGAAAAUUGCCAUGGUGGAUGGGACCCAAAUCAAUCGUAAUAACAACUUCCAGACGUUCCCACAAGCCGUGCUCCUGCUUUUCAGGUGCGCGACAGGAGAGGCAUGGCAGGAAAUCUUGCUGGCCUGCACCUAUGGAAAGCUCUGUGACCCCAAGUCUGAUGCCAAUGUUGGGGAGGAAUAUACCUGUGGAACAGGUUUUGCCUAUUUCUACUUCAUCAGCUUCUACAUGCUCUGUGCCUUCCUGAUCAUCAACCUCUUUGUGGCUGUCAUUAUGGAUAAUUUUGACUACCUCACCCGAGACUGGUCCAUCCUGGGCCCACAUCACCUGGAUGAGUUCAAGAAGAUCUGGGCUGAGUAUGACCCUGAAGCUAAGGGCAGAAUCAAGCAUCUGGAUGUUGUGACCCUGUUGAGACGGAUCCAACCCCCUCUGGGCUUUGGGAAGUUCUGCCCUCACCGGGUGGCAUGUAAGCGGUUAGUAAGCAUGAACAUGCCCCUCAACAGUGAUGGCACCGUCACCUUCAAUGCUACCCUCUUCGCUCUGGUCCGAACAGCUCUCAAGAUCAAGACAGAAGGUAACUUUGAACAAGCCAAUGAGGAGCUAAGAGCCAUCAUUAAGAAGAUCUGGAAGAGAACUAGUAUGAAGCUCCUUGACCAAGUCAUCCCCCCCAUUGGAGAUGAUGAAGUGACAGUAGGAAAAUUCUAUGCCACCUUCCUCAUCCAAGAGCAUUUCCGGAAGUUUAUGAAGCGCCAGGAGGAGUACUAUGGAUAUCGACCCAAAAAAGACACUGUGCAGAUUCAAGCCGGGCUUCGGAGCAUUGAAGAAGAAGCAGCUCCUGAGAUCCACCGAGCCAUCUCUGGAGAUCUGACAGCUGAGGAAGAGCUGGAGAGGGCCAUGGUGGAGGCGGCCAUGGAGGAGGGGAUCUACCGGAGGACAGGAGGCCUCUUUGGCCAGGUGGACACCUUCCUGGAGAGGACCGACUCAUUGCCCCCCCAUGUUGCCAGCCAGAGGCCCCUGCAGUUCACAGAGAUGGAGAUGGAGGAUAUGGACUCCCCUGUCUUCCUAGAUGACUUCCCCUCAGAACCACAUGCCAAUCCCCUGGCCAGGACUCAUGCCAACAGAAAUGCCAGCAAUGCCAAUACCAACAAUACCAACAGCUGUGUGUUCUCCAGUAUCCAUCAUGAGAAUGAGCUUCCAGAAUCACCUUCCCCAAAGAGGGAUGUCCUUCUCUACCCUCACUCUGCCCCAGCAGAACAUCAAGGUGCUGUUUAUCCAGAGAAACAGAAGGUCAGAAUGACCAGGAGGCAGGCAGCAAACCUGGUGGCAUCCUCAGAGGCACAAGCUCCCUCCUCCUCUGACCAGUCUCACAGGAAGGAGAAUAGCAUUUCUAGGGAGAGGGAGAGCUCCAUGCCAGAGUCCCAGUGUGCUGCAACCACAGGUGGCAGGAAGGGGAUGGACCCAGAAGCUCCUGCACCUUCUACGCCAGCUACUGCCCGGCUGAUCCGGAAGGCUCUGGUUCAGGGUGGCCUGGGCACCCUGGCUGGCGACACUGGCUUCGUGGUGGCGACCGGACAGGCAUUAGCUGAUGCCUGCCAGAUGGAACCAGAGGAAGUGGAGGAGGCGGCACACAAGCUACUGAAAGAAGACAGGAACAAUACCUCUUCAUCCCUGGAGCCUCAAGCCAUAGGGCCAAGCCCUGGCAGCUACUAUGGGCCUUGGGGCUCCCAAGAGGCCCUCAUCUCCACCCCGCUGUGA